AUGGCUGGAGGCACCAUCACUGUGAGCGGGGGAGGGCGCGGCCCGUCAGUCGUAACCAUAGCUGCGCUCGCCGCCGCAGCGACAGCUGUCGGCCUGUCCUUGGUCGGCCUGCGAGGGCUGCGUCAAUGGGCCAAACGCGCGCAGAAAUGCGUGCCGCCCAGCGGUGGGCGGCGGGCCUUGUCGUGGCGCAGCGUAUUUACCGGCGAGAAGCACGGCGGCGCGGAAAAGGAGAGAGAGCGCGUGGCUCAUUUAGUUCCGCUGGUGGAACGGUCGGCGAGUUUGGGGAAAGUGAAACGGAUCGAGCGAUUCGGCGAAUACGUUGCGCCUACUUUUCGAGCGAGUAGUAGGCAUAUCAUUCCAGUCUCUCAACCCACUGUCCGUCUUCGCCUCCCCUCUUCUCCCAUUCCGCACACUUCCCUCUCCCUUUUCCCCCUGCCGUUUCUCUCCCUUUUCCCCCUGUCGUUUCUCUCCCUUUUCCCCCUGCCGUUUCUCUCCCUUUUCCCCCUGCCGUUUCUCUCCCUUUUCCCCCUGCCGUUUCUCUCCCUUUCCCCGUCCGCUACGCGCCGUCCCCUUUCCGCCACCCUCUUUCUCAUUCCGCCACUCCGCCUCCCCGUUCCGCCUCUCCGCCUCCCCCGUCGGCCAGUGCGCCAGCUGGGGCUGCCCACGGACCUGGCGGCGGUGGCGCUACUGGCGCAGGCGGCGGACGACUACGUGUGGGGCGAUAAGAGCACAUCCGAUAAGAGCCGCGCCAACCUGCUCGCGCUCGUCGCGCAGACAGGGGGAGGCAGUGCGGAAGGGGAGGCGGAGGCGGGGGAGGAGUUGGGGGAGGAGCUGAUCGCGGAGCUGGACGCGUGCAUGCUGUCGUACUUUGGCUUCCACUGGCCGCACUCGGCGCUCAUGAUCGAACAGGUAUUCCGAGGGCCCAGCAGUAAGCUGCACUUGCGGGACGCCGUCAACGCCGUCAUCCGGCAGAGGCGGUUCAACGAGGCCAUAACGUGUCUGCGCCCGCAGCAGCGCUUCUCCCAGCUGCUGGAAGAAAUGAAGUUCCCCACUUCCUCCCCCUCUCACUCCCCCUCUCACUCCCCCUCUCGCUCUCCUUCGCACUCUCACUCUCCCUCCCGCUCGCCCUCCCGCCCGCGCCCGUCAAGUGCGGAGGUCCUGAGGGAGGGGGAGGUGAUGGUGCCGGCAGCAGCGGCGGUGCGUUCCCCCGUGUUGCUUCUGAUUGGUGGGGGCAUGGGCGCCGGCAAGUCAACUGUGGUCAAGGAGAUCAUGAAACGCACCUUAUGGGCGCGCAUGGCCCCACACGCACCCCAUGCAGUGGUCGUGGAAGCAGCAGACACCUUCAAGGAAAAGUACGCAAACUUACGAGCGCUCUCUGUCCCCUCUUCCCUCGUCUCCCAUUCUCGCCUCUUCUUCCCCCUGCAGCACAUUUUGGGCGCGCAUGGCCCCACAUGCAGUGGUCGUGGAAGCAGACACCUUCAAGGAAAUGUACAAAAUCUCCAGAGCGCUCUUUUGUGCUUCUUCAAUCCUCCUUCCGCCCCUCCCCUUCUAUCCUUCCCCUUUCGUCCCCCCCACAGCACCUUUUGGGCGCGCAUGGCGCCACACGCAGUGGUCGUGGAAGCCGACGCGUUCAAAGAAAAGGACGCCAUCUUCCGCGCACUCUCCGCCGAGCGGCUGAGCGACGCCGCCCGCAUCUCGCAACUCGUGCACGAGGAGUCAACCCGGGCGGCGCAGUCAACGCUGGUAACCGCGCUGAACGAGGGGCGGGACGUGAUCUUCGAUGGGACCAUGUCGUGGGCGCCGUUUGUGCAGCAGACCAUUGCCAUGGCUAGACGGGUGCAUGAGAGGCGGUUCAGGAUGGGCCCGGGGUAUCAAGUGAAAGAGGAUGGGAGUGUGGUGGAGCGGUAUUGGGAGGAGGUGGAGGAGGGGAGUGAGGGCGGGAUGGAGGAGGGGAGGGGAGAGAGAGGGGAGGAGGAGGGGAAAAUCAGUGGGGAGGAGGAUGGGAGGGAGCAAGAGGGUGGCGAGGAGAUGGGGAGCGAGAGAGGGGAGAGGGAGGAGGAGAGGAGGAGGGAUCAGCCAGGGAAGGAGGGUCAGCACCGGCCCAAGAGGCACAGCAGGCAGAGGGGGGCCGGGGAGCAGCGGCUGCCGUAUCGCAUCGAGCUGGUGGGCGUGAUGUGCGACGCCCACCUGGCUGUUGUGCGCGGCAUGCGGCGAGCCAUUCUGACCAAGAUUGGAGUGCCGGUGCACGAGCAGCUGCGGUCGCACAAGCUGUCCCACCCAUCCCAACCCAACCCCUCUCCACGUCCCCUCUCCCCGCCCACUCCUCGGGCCUUUCUGCCACCCCAGGCGCGCCAUCCUGACCAAGAGAGGAGUGCCGGCUACAAGGAAGGCACAUCACCCCCCAGGAGCGCACCCACCACCCCACCGUCCACCCCAACCAGCAUGAUCACACCGCCUACAAGCACGCCCCAGCGGGGGGGUGUGCAGCCACCUGCUGGUGGACUCAGCGGCAUUUCAUUUGCUCAUAGGCUACAAGGAGGGCACGUCACCCCCGAGAAGCGCACCAACCACCCCACCAUCCACCCCAACCGGCAUGAUCACACCGCCUACAAGCACGCCCCCCAGCACUGGUGCCAUCUGCAGCGGGGGGCUCAUAGGCUACAAGGAGGGCACGUCACCCCCGAGAAGCGCACCAACCACCCCACCGUCCACCCCAACCAGCAUGAUCACACCGCCUACAAGCACGCCCCCCAGCACGGGCGCCAUCUGCAGCGGAGGGGUGUGCAGCCACCUGCUGGUGGACUCAGAGGCAUUUCAUUUGGUCUCCGACUUGAAGCGCGUCAACCCCCGCGCCUCCUGCGUUCUCGAGCUUUACUUUAA